UCCAGACUUGCCAAAAUCGGUAUGCAGUUCAUAAUGAUCGAUCCCGAUCUUGUAUUUGUGCCUAUUAUUCAAAAGCUUCCCGGGAAGGACGCGGCACCGCCGACCCGACUUCAAGUUUUGUCAGAGUACGCUGCCUGUACCAACGUCCAGCUCUGGCCGUGACUUCGUUCGACGUACCCAAUACGAAAUAUUCAUGACAUGAACCCACCGCCAUCUCUCCGAGACCUCUACAACGGCUCUUCAUCUGCUUGGUCUUUUGUUCCACCACCGUCGCCGCCCAGUGCCAAUUCCUCUCCUCCGGCAUCUUCGAGCUCUUCGUUCCAAUGGUCGACGCGUCCGACACCAAACUCAAUCUUCGAUCUUUCGCCAGAUUUGAACGACGCUAAUGGUGUCAAUGCAGUCGAUCUUCUCAAGACCCUCGCUGCAUCUGCCGUGUUGCAGUACACGAGUAGUGCUAUUGCCAUGCCUUGGGAGGUCGGAAAGAUGCUGCUCCAGGUGCAGUGGGUGCCUCGAGACUCACACGACUAUCAUGUAGAUGUUGAACCUGAGGAUGACGACGAUGCGCUGAGUGAUUCUUCCAACGAUAAUGAAUCCUAUUUUGCAGACCCGGAAAUCACACCGAGAAUGCGACACCCUGCCCAAGUGGACGAACACGGAUAUGUUAUCCGUCGAUCCGUUCUUGAAGAGGGUACACGUCCAGAGUACAUCAUUCCUGUCGGAAGUGCUAAUGGGGUCUGGGGCAUGAUUAAACGCGUCGGCCGUUUCAGAGGAGAAGGCUGGUUGGCACUGUGGAAAGGACUGCUUACUUCAUGUUGCACGGAAGUUCUGUCUACGACCUUCCAGCCCCUCAUUCACAAUAUUCUCCAGUCUCUAUUUCUUCCUACCACACCUCUUUUCCAACAGCCUCCCCUCUUACUGCCGGUUGCUUCUCAUAUAAUCACCGGGUUUCUACUCUCUCCAUUGGAUCUCGUCCGCACUCGACUGAUUGUUCAAUCGUACCUUCCUCGAUAUCGCAGCUACAAGAUGAAGGCGGCUUCCGAGGAAUCUACUUCCUAUCCCAAUCUAUUCAUCCCAAUGUUUAUCGAUACUGCCCUCCGGCCCGCCGUCUCAUUAGCACUACCAGGUCUACUCGUAUCGUAUCUUGGCGCCAACAUUACUGAAGAUAGCAGUCCUUUUGCCUGGGGUUUUGCCGAGUUAGCGGGUAGUUGCAUUGGCCUUCUCAUCACCCUGCCCUUUGAGACAAUCAGAAGGCGAUUACAAGUACAAGUCCGAGGAAGUGCAAAGCCAAUCAAAGGUUGUGUUGAGCUUCGACCCGCCCCUUAUAGUGGCGUCGUGGACGCGUUGUGGCAUAUUAUCACAGAGGAACGAUCGGAUCUUCCUAUAAUUCGACGCACCAAGAAAAGACGAAUGAGCAGAGAUCUCGCCGAGGGGGAUGCUGAGACAGAGAAUGAUUCAAGAGAAGAAGAUGGGUGGUCACGCCAUACUGGAAUAGGCCAACUAUAUCGGGGUAUGGGAAUGAGAUUGGGGGCAAGCGUUAUAGUAUUUUUCCUCGCACUAAUCACUGGCGGCGAUAAUUCGGACGGGGGUUGGGCGGAAUUGUAA